AGAAAGAGAAUACAAGAAGAGGAACUUCUUUGCAGAGGCAGCUCAGAAGAGGGAGAGAAAAACAUCCACCUGUAGCCACACAACUGUGAAUCAGAGCUGGGACAUUUUGCAGAGUUUGGCAGUUCUUUGGGCAGGUACCUGCUUGGAAGGAUGGUGUGGCAGCUUUUGGGACUGGCUGUUUGCCUCAAUCUGGCUCCUUCUGCUUCUGCAGAUUGUGCAACCCAGUGCUCUGCAUGCGCUCUGCAUGGACAGGAUGCAGAAAAGCCCAUCAGCCCCUUGAUCUGUUCCCUGGAGUGCCAAGGCUCUUUGCCAUCCAGGGCAGAAUGGGAGAAGUGCAAAGAAAGCAUAUCCACCAUCACCCCUUUCCUGAUGAUGGAGGAGGAGGCCAAGGAACCAUCCCAGGUGGAGGAAGAGGAAGAAGGCCAUCCUUAUUCUUGGGAGCCAUAUCCUGGGCUGGUCAAACGUUAUGGUGGCUUUAUGAAGAAGCUGGAUAAGAACAGGAUCUUUUCCUUGCUCCGUGAGAACGGCAUCACCAAAGGGGGUAUCACUAAGAAGUAUGGCGGGUUCUUCCGGAAGAUAGGGGAGAGGGCAGCCUCUGAACCAGGGGUCGAAGAUUACUCCACGGUGCUAGAGACUGGAGACUUGAGCUACAAUGGAGAAGAGUCGCAUACAGGGUCUCUCAAGGAUGAGAUGAAACGUUACGGGGGAUUUCUCCGUAAAUACCCCAAGAGAGUCUCUGAAAUGGUGUCCACCACCAUUGCAGCCGAGGAUGAUGGGCAAGAGCUGGAGGACCUGCACAAACGUUACGGGGGCUUCAUGCGCAGGAUCCGCCCAAAGCUCAAAUGGGACAAUCAGAAGCGCUAUGGUGGAUUCCUGAGACGCCAGUUCAAGGUGACCACACGGUCAGAGGAGGAACCCAACGCCUAUUCAGGGGAGGUCUCUGAUCUAUAGAUGGUAUUCACUGCAGAAACCACAUUCUUCUCCAGCCACAAUACUUCCAAGUAGGGACUGUGUGGAUCAUCCAUCCCACCCCCAACCACUCAUCCCCUCACCCCCAGUGCUCAGCUAAGCAGUGCAGGGACUGUCUGUCAAUUGGAUGGUGAAGGGACCAGCUUGAUACCUUGAUGGGGAGGCUUUUUAUGGAUUUUGAGAUGGAAAGAUGGAACUUGAAGCCUUGGGGCUUCAGUGAGAAUCUUGCAUCCCUCCCGAUUUUGUUGAACUGCAAC